AUGUUAUCAGCAGCAAUCGUGGAGCACGCAGCUCUUGGCUUCGCCUUCGCCGUCCUUUCCCUUUUUGUUCUUGCCUUUGCGGUCAUUGCAGUCGUUCUCCUGACGAUUUCUCACUCAUGUUGGUAUAGAUGUGAUGCAGAAGGAGAUCCAUUGAUGGAGGACUACAACACUCUAUUUUCGGAAGCAAAUGUGGAAACGGGCGAACCAAUCGAAACAGUUGUUGGAUAUACACCAAAGCAUGCUGAUAUUAUUUUCAUUGACGGUGCGAUUCCUUACCCCGGAUUGAAAUUUGCAGAAGUGAGACAAAAAGUGAACACGCAAUACCAAAUGUAUGCUCCUGAUCGAAUGCCGACAUUUCUUCGUAACAUUAUGCUGAACAUGUGUUGGCCGCAAGCUCCCGAAGACCGUGCGAAUAUGAAUGAGAUGCGGAUUGCAAUGCAAAGCGUGUUCGAUGGCAAAGUUGGAGUUUCGAAUAACCGAUCCGUGUACUACAGAACAAAUUGA